AUGAUGCCUCUCACACUCUUCCGAUGUCUUGCGCGACCCUCGAUCCUCUCCGCAGUUGCUUUCGCUCCGGCGCGAUCAACACGGCCACCAAUCGCCGCCUUCGCUUUCCAGAACAGCACCCCGGCCUUCGCAGCCCGCCCAACACCGUCGUCGCGCGCACACAAAUGCACAUUAAUACAAGUCCUGCGACAGGGAAGGAUAGCGCGGAAGGCGCGUAAACUGCGAUCGCCACAAUUGAAGGAUAGGCCGGAGCUGAAGGGCGUGUGUCUGAAAGUGGGAACGACGAAGCCGAAGAAGCCCAACUCGGGCGAGCGAAAGAUUGCGAGGGUCAGACUGAGUACGGGCAAAGUUAUCACGGCGUAUAUUCCGGGAGAAGGUCACAAUGUACAGCAGCAUUCAGUUGUCAUGGUACGAGGCGGACGAGCGCAAGAUUGCCCUGGUGUGAAGUACCAUUUGGUUCGAGGAGCACUGGAUCUGGGUGGUGUCGGUAGCAGAAUCACCUCACGGUCAAAGUACGGAACGAAGAAGCCCAAGACGGCAUAG